AUGAUGGUCACAGCAGGAAACCCUUGGAGCUGGAUCCUGGGUUACCUCGUCCUUGGAGUCACAGGUAUCUCUCCCUCAUCCCUGGCUCUGCCCCUAGGCUCCUCCUACCCAGGCGCUCACAUCAUCAAUGGCGAGGACUGCACCCCACACUCGCAGCCCUGGCAGGCAGCACUGCUCGUGGACAACGAACUGUUCUGCUCCGGAGCACUGGUGCAUCCUCAGUGGGUGCUGUCAGCCGCGCAUUGCUUGCUAGACUCCUACAGUGUGGGCCUGGGUCUGCACAGCCUGGAAACCAGCCAGGAGCCAGGCAGCCGCGUCCUGGAGCCCCUGCUGUCCAUCCAGCACCCGGAGUACGACAACCCCUCUUUCGCCAACGAUAUCAUGCUCAUCAAGCUGAAGGAGGCUGUGCCCGAGUCCAGCACCAUCCGCACCAUCAGCGUGGCUUCCAGGUGCCCCGUUGCUGGGGAGGAGUGCCUGGUCUCUGGCUGGGGUCGGCUGGCCAGCGGUGGACUGCCCAGUCGGCUUCAGUGCGUGAACAUCUCCGUGGUACCCCAGGAGGUCUGCAGCGAGGUCUACGACUCCUUGUACCACUACAGCAUGUUCUGUGCGGGCGGAGGACAGAGCCGCAGGGACUCGUGCCACGGUGACUCUGGAGGACCCCUGAUUUGCAACAGGUCCCUACAGGGCCUCGUGUCUUUAGGCCACAUCCCAUGUGGUCAACCCAGUACACCAAGCGUCUACACCAACCUCUGCAAAUUCACUGACUGGAUCCAGCGAACCAUCUAUACCAGUUAG